CUCGUUCCUUUGCCUUCUAUUGCUACUCCUUCUGUGUCGAUACCUACUGCAGUUGCACCAACGGGAGUUUCAUCGAGCCUCAGUCCCAUCAUCGUUCUGCCUUCGGUUAUCUCAUCAAAUGCCGCACCGCCUAAUCCGAUAAGUCCUUCCUUAUCUCUGCCCGCAGUGUCGCCUUCGCGAUCGGCCAGUCUACCAAGCAAUGCUAUAGUAUCUAGCAUACCCCUUCCGAGUAACGUCCUACCAAGCGCAGCGCCAUCAUCGGUAUUACCAUUACAAAGCUUAUCAAUACGCCCGAGUUCGUCGUUGCCUGUAACAAUACCGACUGGCAUGGUCCUGCCGAGCACCCCCAGCGUCGUUAUUUCGUCCGUCAGACUCUCCUCUGUUGCACCACGUCCGAACGAAGUACUGCCCUCUGUAUGGGACAUCACGAGUGACAUAGCGUCAGCUCCGAUUCUCCCAUCUAUAUUUUUCCCUUCAAUACCUCUGCCAAGUUUUGAGCUCCCAACCGUAGCCGCAACUUCGGAGCCGCCUAAUCCAACGAUGGUUAUAAUCCCGGUUCCUCCAACGUUCGUCACCUUGCCUAGUCUGCCAACACCAUCCGGCGAACUUCCAAUCCCGUCUGCUUCGGAAGAGCCUCCUCUUCCCAGUAUUCCAGUUGUUUCCCAGCCAGGUGUUUCGGAAGAGCCUCCUCUUCCCAGUGUACCAGUCGCUUCACAACCGGUUGCUUCGGAGGAACCUCCACUUCCUAGUAUACCAAUUGCUUCACAGCCAGCUGCUUCGGAGGAACCUCCACUUCCCAGUGUACCAGUUGCUUCACAGCCUGCGGUAUCUCUGGAACCGAGUGUACCAGGAUCUCCCCUUACAUCCGAGAUCAGUAUACCACCGAUCCUAGCUCCUUCAAGUAUUCCCGUUCCCGAACCCGAGCCUGUUCAAUCGAAUCCCCCUUCGGUUGUAGUACCACCAUCCACUCCUUCCAUUGCUCCUUCAAUCGCAUUGCCACCGUCCGAACCCUCAGUUGCAUUGCCACCGUCUAGCCCUUCGAUAGUGCUCCCGCCAUCUAAUCCUUCGAUCGUUCCUUCAAGCCCGUUGAUAGUGCCAAGUCCACCACUUCCAGCGAUUUCAGAUCUCGACGGGGCUCCCACUCCCACUCCUACUCCCGUCGCGUUUGUACCUCGACCAGUAACGCCUAAUGCCGCACCUCCGAAUGUAGCCGUUCCUCCGUGGUGGCAGCCUGAGCCCGAACUAUGGGCAAACCCUUUCCUGCCAGAUAAUCCAAACCCUUACAAUCUUCCAAUAGGAUCUCCAUGGGACCCUUACCCGUGGAAUCUUCCGGAGGGCAAACCCUUCAACCCCUACGGCUCCAGACCUCCAAGAUCCAGACCAUUGCCAGGUAGCCAAGCGCAAUCCAAUCCUCGGGCAGAAGGCAAUUCACUCGGAGCCGCUCGGAAUAACCUUGACAACCUUGACGAAUAUGACAGCUCUGGUGUUGUGGGUGACGGAGUGUUAGGUUGGGCCCAUAGUGGUGGUAGUCGGAACGAGUACAGUCAUGAUCGUUACAAGGACCAUGGCCAUGGAUCUCGUCAUCGAAACGGGUACGAUGGUGAUGAGGAUUAUUACCAUGAUCGCGAUAACGGACGCUGGCGUGGACAUGGACACGGACAUGGUCAUGACAACGGUCAUUCCAUUGAAGAUACCGAUACCAAUACCUCUGGCGUUCAGAGCUUCAGCGAAAGCAAAGGAUCAGGAAGUGAACAUUCUCAGCCUGAAGCAGAGUUCGGCUCAGGUGGUCCUCCCGAGGAAGAAGCUCCUAAUGUAGAAGAGGAGAAGCCAGAGUCUCAGAAAGAGGAGUCUGUCUCGGAGGAGGACAGCGGAGAUCAGUUGGACACUCUUGUCGUUGAAGAGGUGAUUGUGGUCCAGACCGUCGAGGAGGAGGAAACCACGGGUGAAAAGGCCACCGGCCUCGACACUGCUAUCAAUACGACCUCGACGAUCUCUAAGCCACACAAGGGUGCUCCUACCAUGGAAGUGUUCGAGGGCGGUGUGAUGCCUACACUUGACACCUCAUGGAGUCGUCUUGUUCCUUGGGUCGUCAUAGCGCUGUCUAUACUCUUCGUUUGAGUGACGGUGCAAGACUUUGCGUCCACUGUCAAGGAGUUUAGUGUUCUGUUCAUUGUUUUAUCUGUUUUGCUUCUUGUCCUCAAUGUUCUGCGUCUAGCGUUCUCUGACGAUGCAGUUCUUUCACCCUGUACAGGGUACCUCUUCGCUCUUUAUUUUGAUUUUCUACCUUGUUGGCGCAAGAAUUGAUGAUGUUGUACAGUCAACCCGAUACUUAUAUUUCAUGACUACAGCUGCUUCUCUUCUUUUCUCGUUGAGAUCUCCUUCUGUCAUAUGGGCGUCAAAUACAUUGCAACGCAAUCCAGCCUAAAGUUCAUUUGCAGAGGAAGGGCGAUGAGGAGCUUGACAGCGUAGUUGGCGCAUAGUUUGUUUUAUGAAUUAGAAGGAGG